AUGGCCUCACAGAACGUUACCUCAUACACUGCAGUUCCCAGAAGGAAUUCCGAUAGCCGUUUCUCUUUCGAAGACAUCCCAUCCGAAACACAAUCUGGAGGCCAUCAAGGCUAUGGACAUCCACAUGCACGGGGAAGCAUCAGCGACGAGGAUGACUCGCAUCCUCACGCAAAUAAACCAACUUCCACGGCACAAGCUGUACCCUUAACCACCGACCACCAGAGCAAUGAAGAUACAGUGCAGCCUGUAGAAUGGAAGAUAUCUCUCUACACGCCGAUAUCGAUGGUUGCCCUCUUUAUUUCCGGAGUAGCAGUCGCAGUUGGCCACCACCUCUUCUACUUGCGCUUCGACAAUAGUCCUGUGCGAGGAGCAGAUGAAGACUACACCUCUCAGGUCUGGAUCAUCCGAUAUGGAACGGCAUUUGCCUUUGUCACAAAGACACUACUAGCGGGUGCGAUUAUUGUAGCGUACAAGCAGCACAUGUGGAUCAACCUCCGGCAUGAGGCCAAUUCAGUGUCUACGAUUGAUGCGGUUUUUGCAGCUACCCACGAUCUGUUAUCGUUUCUUCAUCCUUCGUUCUGGGCUAGAGCAAAGAUUCCGGCGCUGAUGGCAUUGAUCGCAUGGUGUCUACCCCUCGCUGCUCUCAUUCCUCCUUCCACUCUCACUGUAACCGGCGCUCAGCUUUACAGCGAGCGAUCCACAAAAGUUCCAACCCUCAACCUCAACGACACCACACUGUACCAAAGUGACGGUAUUGGUGAAGGUACUUCACCCCUACUCCACCGCUUGACCAUCGCCACGGCCACAAGCAUGCAAAUCCUUCCCAUGCGCCGCACCCUCCCCGUCAACGCAACCUACACGUACUCCUUCGAUGCACCCUCCCUAAAAUGCACCCCCGCAGCCGGUGAUCAGCUACAGAACUUCACCGCCAUGCGCAAAGAAUCCAUCCGCCAAGUCCUCAUCGUAGCCGACCAACGCAGCUCCAUCGAUGCCGACAUGCGCUACCUCUCCUUCGCCGCCAACGCCUCAGGUCCCGGCAACGCAACUACCUAUGUAUCCAAAUGCGUCGCAGGUGAGAGCUUCGGCGACUGCGGUGCCAACUCCCCCAUUCCUACCUUCUUCAUGCAAAUGGGCAACGAAACCAUAACCUGCACCACACACAAUACAAACUUCACGGCGCUAUUUGGCGAUUUCGGGGGCCAAGACACUCAACCCGUCACCUACCUCUCGCACGAAUUCAAAGAACCCCUGAACACGGACGUAACGCGCAAAAUGUUCCGAGCCCUCUCCACCAUCCUCAACGGCUUCUUCGGCACCUUCGUCGGAGGCGGCGCAGGCGGCGGUUACUUUUCUGGCAAAGCAAUGAUACCCGACACCGCGCUUCUCGAGCUCCUCCAGCAAAACUUCCCCGAGCUACGCGAUGUCGUGCCCCAGGAAGCUUGGAUGUCGCAGCGGUCGAAUACAACGCUCGCGGCCAUGAUCGAGGAGCUCUCGCGGAACCAGACGCUUAGUCUCUUCGGCAACGAGCGGCUUUGGGAAACGGACGAGGCGAAGAAGGCAGAGGUGGCCGUUCGUUAUUUUAGUUAUUACAACAUGUACGAGUAUUCGCCACGGAAUCUCUGGGUCGCGUAUGGAGCGGCAAUUGUGUGUUCGUUUGCCGCGGUGCUACUGGGGCUUAGGGCUCUAUGGGUGAAUGGCGUGUGUCAUGAUAAUUCUUUCUCGGCGGUUGUGGCGGCCACGCGGAGUAGGUAUCUCGAUCGCCUUACACGGGGCCAUUCGCUAGGGGCUACGCCUAUGGGCGAGAAGAUUCUCAGGGCAAAACUGCGGUUUGGGGUUUUAGAGCCAGAGGAUGAGGUUGCGGCAAAGGGCAUGUGUAGGGCUGGGUUUGGUACGGAGGAUAGCGUUAUGACGUUGAAGAAGGGGCAAACUGUUUAUUGA